AUGGCAAAAGGCGUAAUCUCAGAUGAAGAAGACGACGUCGAGCUCGACGAGGAAGAGAGGGAACCUGUUGAUGGGGACGAAUUGGAAGAGGGUCGCGAUGUGGAUAACGAAGAUGAGGAUGAGGAAGAGGUGGUGGUGGCGCUUUUGGCUUUGUUAGAAAAUCUGGGUAUCAAACUAGGGUUUGCUUUUGUUGGGCUGUUUGAUGUGAGUGAGAGAUUUACAUGUGGUAAAUGCAGAACGACUCUCUUUGUUAGGUACUUAGGAUGA